CGCCAUUAAAUGAGAGAAGAAGAAGAAGAAGACCCUCAUUUCAUUGCUUUACUCUGUUUGUCAGCUAACUAAAAACGACUUUAAUCGCGAUUAACUGACGUGUAUGUGUCCCAUGAACAGUGGACCAUGUCUACCCGGGCUCUGCGAAGGCUCAAAGGGAAGCAGCGGGGCCAGGAGGCCCUGGACGCCGGGGACCUCACUUUAGAUGACAGCCCGGAGGAGCUGCUGGACACGGCUAGUGGUUCCCCCCCGUCUGAUAGCAAAGGCAGAAAGGCAAAGAAAAACAAGGCUCAGAAAAACUUCAGCAACAUUUAUGAAUUGAUAGGUGAUGCAGACAACGAGGCAGAUAUAAUCUCACCUGAUGAAGAAGAAGAUAAACCAGAUGAAAAUAAAACAAGUGGAACAGAAAAAAAGGAUGUCAUUGAGAAACCAGAUGAAAAGCAAGAGAAUGCAUCUACAAAGUCGUCUGGCGACAGAGUUAAAAAGAAGAAGAAAAAGAAGAAGACCAAAGUGACAGAAGGACAGGAGGCUGUACCGGACGAUAACAUUGAUUUAAUACUGGAGAAUCUGGAGCAGUCCAAUGGACUGGGUUUGCAAAAUGAAGAUUGUGGAGGCUCCGACAGAAGAUCUGUGCUACAUGUGGAGCACAGGAACCUCAACUCAGAGACGGAGCUGAAGAGAUAUUUUGGGGCUCGAGCUGUUCAGGGGGAUCAAAGACCUCGACAGAGAAACAGACAGUUUCACCGUAGCACCUGGAUGACCAUUCCCAAGGACAGCUGGCCUCGCUUCAGCCGCCCAGGAAUCUCAAUGACCCUACUGCAGUCAAAGGAUGGCAUUCAGUACUUUACCUUUGAGCACGGUCGGGACUACCAACAAGUACAGUUCAAGUUCCUGGAUGCUGUCGAGUCCAUGGAUCCCAACAACAUUGUGGCCUUGCUGCAGUUGAACCCGUACCACAUUGAUUCUUUGUUGCAGCUCUCUGAUGUCUGCCGCAUUCAGGAGGAUCAGGAGAUGGCCAGGGACCUCAUUGAGAGGGCCAUGUACAGCUUUGAGUGCGCCUUUCAUCCUUUAUUCAGUCUGACCUCAAGCACCAGCAGGCUGGAUUAUCUGCGAACAGAGAACAGGGCUUUUUAUCUGGCUCUUUAUAAGCACAUGAUGUUCCUGGAGAAGAGAGGCUGCCCACGGACGGCUCUGGAGUACUGCAAACUCAUCCUGAGCUUGGACCCAGACUCUGACCCACUUUGCAUGCUGCUGCUGAUUGAUUUCCUGACGCUGCGCUCCAGAGAGUACCAUUCUCUGCUUCAGCUACACCAGGAGUGGGAGGAGCACAGAAAUCUGUCUCAGCUGCCAAACUUUGCAUUCUCCACUGCACUUUGCCAUUUCCAUCUCAGUCAGCUGGAAGAUGUGGAUCCUGAAGAAAGUGAGAAAGAAAGACACAAAGCCGACCAGCUGCUGCAGGACGCUCUCAUCAUGUUUCCUGGAGUCCUGAUUCCUCUCCUGGAUCUGUGUACUGUGCAGCCAGAUGCCGCAGUCAGCUCACAUGUCUUCUUUGGCCCAAAGAGCCAGUUGGGGCAGCCCCCGGCCCUGGCUGAACUGACUUCUCUGUAUGUCGGGAGGACGCACAGCCUCUGGAGGGAGGCAGCGGUGAUGCUGUGGCUGGAAGAGUCUGUGAAGGAGGUGCUGCGUCGAGUUGAUGCCAAAGACCCUUUGGUGGAGGAGUGCCAAAACAAGAGGAAGCAGAGGUACCAGAGUGCACCAAGGAACAUCCAUCGUCACGUCCUUCUCUCUGAGAUCAAAGAAGCCACCUCAAGUCUUCCUCUAGAGGUGACCAGUCAGCCUGUGAUGGGCUUUGACCCUCUGCCUCCGCUGGACUCUGUGAUGUCGUACACUCGACCAGAGAGGCAACACGUUGGUGCCACAAACGAGAGCACCUUGUCCCUGUUUUUCCGGUCUUUGUUGCCAAACUUCAACCUUCAGGGUGGGCCGAGGCCGGAGGAUGAGUUGGAAGUGGCUCGCGCCGGACAGGAGCUGAACCAGGAAGUGAAUCGUCUGAUGGUGGCAAUGAGAGACAUGCUGGCAAACAUCAGGUUUCAAGAGCCGCCGAGAGACGAAAACCCCUACAGAGAUGAGGAGGAGUGGGACUGAGAGGAGAGAGACUGAGGUGGAAGAAAAUAAUGACAUUAAGACAAAUUAAAAUAUUUAAUGGGGUUAAUAAAUCAUUGAGAGAGCUAGAGUGGGAGAACUGAAUAGUAUUUUUUUAAUUAUCACAAUUUCAGAGAACUGGACUGGACCUGGUUUUAUGAGGUUGUCCAGUUCUCUGCCUUAGAUACAAACAGAUGGUUAUUGAACAUGUCAUGUCCUUUAAGCUUGUACACAACAUUGAGCACUUCCAACAUCUUCAGUCAUGGUCAGUGACAUAUAAUGGCCGCUACUCUUUCCUCUGGUUUCUGGCAAACCACAUCUUUGGGGGAAUCAGUUCAACAAAUUAAAGUCCAUGUGAACUUUCAAUGGCUUACAAAUGUAGAGGGGAAAACGGAGAGCUAAUUACACGUCUUUUUUAUAUAAUUAUAUAUACAAUAUUAACCACCUUUUGUGUUGUGAAAAGCACAUAUACUGAAAGGCAUACCCCUCCUCAGACAACCGUGCUUCCUAGCAAAUAAAUAAGUACAAAAAACUGCAAAUUAUAUCAGUGUUCUACAAAUUCUGCUAAAAGUAAUUUCUGGUGGGAUUUAUAAAAAAACUAAAUCUUGGUGAGGUCCUGUUGGGACUGAUCACAUCCUUCAUUAGGAUCUAAUUUCCCUUCAACGAGAAUGAAGUUUAGUUGAGUUUCCUGCUAAUUUAAGCAUUCACUAAAUCAAAACUAUCACUUUUUCUUUGAUCCUAUCACUACAUUAUUCAAGAAGAAAUAUAUUGCUCAAGUGUUGUUUUUUCACAUUGUCAAGCAACAGUCGAAAACUCGAGAUCACAUUUUUCAUGGGCUCCUUUUUUUUUUUUAAAUGUUGGUGUGAAUCUUAUCUUCACUGCAGGAAGUCUGCUGUUUUCCUGCUCUGUUAUGCUCCCCCGCUCCUGCUCUGUUCGCUUCACCCAAUAAAACGGUACAGAGAAUUGGCCCACUUCUUUCUA